AUGAUAAGAUUAAGAUUUCGAAAUACGAGACCAGCAGCUGUUCGCAAUCGUCGAAUUACUUCGGAUAGUGAUAGGCCAUGGACGCCAGUAACAAAAUUGGGUCGUUUAGUUAAGGAUAGAAAGGUCACAAGCAUUGAAGAAAUUUAUUUACGUUCACUUCCUAUUCAAGAAUACCAAAUCGUUGAUUGUCUGUUACCAAAUCUUCAUGAUAAAGUUUUGAAAAUUUUACCUGUUCAGAAACAUACAAGAGUUGGGCUACGAACUCGAUUUAAAGCCUUUGUAGCAGUUGGUGAUGCCAAUGGUCAUGUAGGACUCGGAGUUAAAUGUGCUAAAGAAGUUGCGUCUGCUAUUCGUGGUGCUAUUUAUAAUGCUAAAAUCGCUGUUAUUCCAAUUCGCCGAGCUUUCUGGGGAAAAAAGUUUGGCAAUCCGCACACAAUUCCUUGCAAAGUAUUUUUUUAA